AUGAACUCAACAACGACUACUGAUGAAAAUUCACCAUGGAAAGUUUCCGAAUUUGUGGAAAUAAUUCUAAUUUUUAUGUAUUUUCUGAUUACAUUUAUUGCACUUAGUGGAAAUGGAAUCGUAUGCUAUUUGGUUCUGGCUUAUAAACGAAUGCAUACAGUACCAAACUAUUUUAUUUUCAACCUAGCAGUGAGUGACAUUCUUGUGGCUAUAUUUUGUAUACCAUUUUCCUUUGUGGCUAAUUUGAAGAAUUAUUGGCCGUUUGGUGUUGCUAUGUGUCCGAUUGUGAUGUACUCUCAAGUCGUAACUGUGUUUUUAAGUUCUUAUACUCUAGUGGCAAUGAGUAUAGAUAGAUAUGUCGUGAUAGUGCACCCAUUUUUAAGGCGUAUCACUACCCGACAAACAGUAUUUGUUAUAUUAGCAAUUUGGGUGAUUUCGCUUGCGAUUCCGUUACCAACUUUGUUACAUUCUCAAAUUUUGUAUUUUUCUAACACAAGUGGACAGUGCCUUGAAAUAUGGGAAAGUGAUCUUGAAAAAUCUCGAUAUAGUUUGGCCUUGAUGAUACUUCACUAUUUUGCUCCUCUUGCAAUUUUGAUAUUUUCCUACUCUAAAAUCGGCUACAAUAUUUGGAUUAAAAAUUUUCGCAAUGAUGAGGGAAACAAGAGGAGGCUUCAAUUGGCUGCUGCUAAACAAAAGGUUAGUAUGUUAUCAUUGAUAAUAUUUGUAAUAUUUUCAUUGUGUAUGAUUUUGAUGUAUCUGUGUUGUAACUGGAUCACUCUACAGUUUAUUUUAAUCCAAAUAGGGUUAAUUUUCGCUAAAAGCUAA